AUGGAGAAGAAAAUCGUUAAAAUACCCUUUGAGGAAGCAUUGGAUAGAGCUGGUUACGGCUUAUACAGUUACAUCAACACAUUCCUGGCAGGGCUGUCCAUCAUGUCCCUGGCCUGCGUGGUGUACGGGUCAACCCUGACUGUGGGGGCCAGCGCCUGCGAACUACAGACCACGGGGGCGCAGCAGGGGCUGCUAGUUGCAGCGCCGGUUAUAGGUCUUAUUCUAGGGGCACCGUUAUGGGGCUACUUGGGCGACACUCGAGGGCGACGGCGUAUGCUCCUUCUCGCUCUCUUGUCUUCAGCUCUCGUCAACGCUUUGAGCGGGCUUUCUGUGAAUUGGGUGAUGAUGAUGAUUCUUCAGUUUAUAGCUUCAUUAUUAGGAUCGGCAGACUAUACGUUGGCGAUGACGCUGCUGAGUGAGAGCGUUCCAAUGGCGAAGCGGAACACAGCGGUGCUGCUGGUUAACUGUAUGAUGAUGCUGGCGCAGGGAACCAUGGCAGUAAUAGCCAUCCCCAUCAUCCCUCUAACCUAUUCCUACCAUCUACCCUCUCUGGACAUCUACUGGAACUCCUGGCGGACGCUGGUGGUGGUCUACUCGCUGCCGAGCGUGGUGUGCGCCUGCUGCUACUACUUCAUACAGGACAGUCCCAAGCUGACACUGGUGAAGGGAGACGAGCAAGGAGCCUUGGACAUUUUGAGGACUAUCCACAGGGUUAAUUUUGGGAAAGGAGCUAUUUUAGAUGUCAAAGCCAUUAGCUCCGAGGGUCUAAUCAGUAGCUCAGCAUCAAAGAAGGACCAAAUUGUGCCUUUGUUCAAGGCACCGCUGCUAAAGUACACCAUCAUCGUCUGCUGCCUCUACAUGUUUCAACUGUCUGGCUCGUACCUCGCUUGGCUGCCCACUAUAGCCAACAGGGUGAUCAGAAUGUACGAGACGGGCGAAGUGGCUGAUAUGAAUCUCUGUGGCAUCAUCAACGCAGACAUCGAGAUAGUUGUAGAUCCGAAUGCCACGCCGUGCGCUAUGAACACAACGUCCCUCCUCAUGGUGCUAGCUGUAGGCGUUCUACAGUGUACUCUCAAUUUAUUUAUCACACUCGUGGUGGUCAACCGUGCUGGCCGCCGCAACACAGUCAUGGUGAUCACCGCUCUCCUGGGCGUGUGUGGGAUCCUAGUCAACGUGGUACCCAACACUGUGGGGACCUCGGCGCUAUUUGCAGCUUUUCUUUUGGGCUACGUCGUUAUGGGAUUGUAUACUGCUAUCGCGGUUGCUCUGUUCCCGACUCAUUUGAGAGCAAUGGCGAUAGCUAUCACGACGACGGCUGGCAACAUUACCACCUUCGCCUGUAUCCAACUUGUCAACUUUCUAGUCUCCACUCGCUGCGAACUCGGAUUUUAUCUCUUCGCCUCCAUCUUUACUUCGACCGCCAUCAUCGCAUCAUUCCUCCCUGACGACCGAUAUCUGCAGAUGCCUAGCCACCCGAACCACAGGAAAGCAUCGGUCUACACGGAGAGAUUGUGA